AUGCCCCUGCUUGCGUUCACGCUCAGCGAGGACGCCGUUUCGGCCCUCCGCGACGCUCUCAUCUGCCUCAACAAAUUCAGCGAUGACGUGUCUUUCGAAGCGCAGAAGGACAAAUUCGUCCUCACGGCUCUGAACUCUUCAAAGUCUGCAUACGCCUGCUUCACCUUUUCCACCGCCCGUUUCUGCUCCCGGUACGCCUUCGACGGUCGCGAUAAGUUCUACUGCACGCUCUACACGCGAGCUCUCAUCUCGAUAUUCCGCAGCCGCGCGUCCGGUGAUCCGCAGCGCGGCAUCGCCAGCGGCGCCGACCGGCCCGACGGUCGGGACGGUGCCAUUGACCGCUGCGAGGUGUCGGUCGAGGAUGGGCCUGGCGUGCAGGUGAGCCGGUUCGUUGCCAAGCUCAUCUUCCGCAACGGGCUGGCGUCAACACAUCGGCUACCUUUUGAGGUGGCUGUGCCCGUGCAUGCCAAGUUCAGCCGGGAGGAAGCGGGCAACCACUGGACCAUCCCGUCGAGGACGUUGCGGCAGCUGAUGGAGCACUUUGGGCCUGGUGUGGAGUUGCUGGAUAUCUGCUCGGAUGGGGAGCACGUCAAAUUUACGUGCUUUACCGAGAAGACUGUCCUGAAAAAACCGCUUCACACGUCCAUUGCCAUUGAGAUCGACGAGUUCGAGGACAUUGAAGUCGAGGACAAGCUCCGAAUCGUCAUGAACGUACGCGACUUCCGCGCCAUCAUUCAGCACGCCGGCAUCGCUGGCACCAACCUAUCCGCCCGCUACUCGACCCCCGCCCGACCCAUCCAGGUGACGUACCCGGGCGACGGCAUCGCCUGCGAGUUUCUUCUCAUGACGGUGGGCGAGCGCGGCGGCAACCCGGCGCAGAAGACGCGCAAGGGCAGCAAGGCGGUCAACGGAUCCAGGCAACGGCAGCAGCUGGAGCCCACGUCGAGGAGGGCAAGCGCUGCGCCGUCGCAGGCGUCUGAGAGGCAGCCCGACGUAGACGACCAGGCGCCGCCCAAGGUCAGCAGCGGGAUGCCACCUCCGCCCCAACCCUCAAUGCCAUCCGGCAGGGCUACUGCGGCGAGAACGUCGGCAUUUGACCUGAGGCCUUCGCAGCGACCUCCUCCGACGUCUACUAUGCGCUCUGAAGGGCUCUUUGUCGAGGACGAUCGGUGGGAGCCUGUCAAUGACGACGAGGAAGAAGAGGAGAAUGCGAGGUUGGAGUGGGAUCAUAGUGCCCAGCCUGAGGACACUGGUCCGCACAUCAACCAACCUGCCGCCGAGAAUAGCAACGAUGUGAACCCGACUCCAGCCAGUAGCUACGGCUUUGAGCCAACGCAGAGGUUGUCCGACGUGGAGAGGCUGGGGUUGUUUUACAGAGGGAGCUGA